GCUGAACUGCUCCAGAUGUCCUCCAUCCGCCGAGUUUACCUCAAACUGCCCGCCAGGUCCAGACCGGCGGAAGUGACGACACGGGAGGGGCUGGACCUCCGGUACGCACCUUGUUUGCCAGUUGCUCGCGGCGAGGAGGAAGUGCGUCACGACAACAUGGUGCGGCCUGAGAGAACGGUGUUGAACGCGGCUCCGGGCGUCGCCGACUUCAGGGGAAAUGACAGCUCAUUGUUAUCAGUACUGAAGACACUGCUGUUUUUCACGUUCCUAAUGAUUGCUUUACCAAUUGGGUUGUACUUUGGAACAAAGUCUUAUGUCUUUGAAGGUACACUUGGGAUGUCAAAUAGAGACAGCUACUUCUAUGCUGCUAUAGUUGCAGUUGUGGCUGUUCAUAUUGUGCUGGCCUUGUUUGUAUACGUAGCAUGGAAUGAAGGCUCAAAGCAAUGGCGGGAUGGCAAACAGGAUUAAGUGCGGCUUCAUUUGGAUCAAGCAUGAGGCAGCUGGCGUUUAAACUAAUUCUAGGGGACGGUCAAAUUGAAGAGGCAGAGGAACAACUGAGAGGUGUAUACCGGACACAUUGGACUUUUUGUUUAGGAUCGGAAGGAUUGGUGCAAAGUAAAAGAAAAAUGGAAGUUACAGUAGCUGAAUUUGACUUUCAAAUGCAAUGUCUAUCUGAUCUAUGUUCCCGAUCUAUGUGAUUUCUUCACCGGUUGAGAUUCAAGAUAUGCCCUUUAAAUGUACACCAUUUACACUUUCAGACAGUAUAACCUAGAACUUGAAAGGUCACUCUGUUUACCUUUAACACACCACUUUAACACUGACCUAUUUAAAAUUGGAGUAAGGAAUUGUCAUUUGUUCAAAGAACCAAAUAUCAAAACACAAACCUUCCUGGUGCACUAGACAUGAAAUGGUGAAUAAUGAAUAUUCUUUCCAACUCAUAUCUACUUGUACCUACAUUUGUUGUUGUGAUGUAAGUUAUCUUCUCAAUCGUAGAUUCAACGAAAGUAAUAGUGUUACCAGCAAUAAAACCGAAGAUACAUUUUAGCAUAUUGCUUAAAAGUUUUGUUAGAGUAUAUGAAAGUCUUCUCGGUGUUCCAGAAUAUCAUUUAUAUAUGAAAUUGUUUUGGAAUUGUAAAAAUCCAAAAGGCUAUUCAGACUUGCCUUUUUCACCCUAAUCCUUGAAGGUGGCCAGUAGAAAGUGAAAUGCUUCCAAAUAAUUUGUAUUUUAGGGUGAGAUCCUUCUCAAGGAGAACAGUUGUCUUUCAGCUGCAACAAACAUUGAAACCAAGCUAUGUUGUUUAUAUCGUGGCUCAAAAGGUGGGGAUGGUGUGGUCUUGUGGAAAGGUUGCAUCAGGGCUCUCAUUGUACGAAGAGCAAUAACCAGUGUGGCCCAGCAGUUUGAACAUGUCUCCCAAUUUUUCGAAGACCAGGACCAGAGCUAAUUAUUAAUUUGUCUCUGUCUCCAGAAUAUUUGCAUGAAACAUGUUAAAAAUGGGUUUUGAAAAGCUGGUCUAGCUAUAAAGCUUUUCUCUCAUUCUCACCUGUGAAGGACUGAACUUCCUUCAAAACUGAUGAGUUUCUAUUGUGAGACUCAAAGUCCAAAUGAACAAACCUGAAGACUAUGAACCGUGUCUUACAGCCAAGAACGUACAUAAUUGAGAUGGACAAUACUUUGAAAUAGACCUGUGUAUGGACUAUAUUGUAGUUUAAAACUUGCUCCUUUUGAUAUUGUGGAAAACCCUCAGCAAAAAUUGAGAAUAAAGAAUUAGGCAGGAAAAUUAACAUUUGAGUUGUCAAGUUUAAUCCUUGUCCAUAAUUAAUGCUGUUCCACAAGGAGCUAGUGUUCUUAUGUAACUACUAUGAAGCAGUUAAAAGGUUUGAAACAAGUCUGUAAUUUGUCUAAAUAGAGUGUUUUACACGAGGAGAAUUUAGCAAAAAUAUUUUGCACAGAGACUGAUUGCUGUAGUUUUUGCUGAUGUCUGGUAUUGUUUUUAAUUUACUUGCAUCGGUAGAGAAAUAAUAAGUGAGAAAUUCUAAUUUGCUUUAACUUUCCCAUUUCUGUCCCUUCCCUCAGAAGGCGGAAUAAUCUUGGUUGCCUAAUGAUGGAAUUUGUUUUGUGAAACAUGGAAAAAUGAAAAUGUUUUUUAUAAUCUAUGUUACAAAAUCUGAUUAUAAUGUGAGAAGUAUUUACAAUUGUACUUCCCUCAUAUGUCUGAAAUUAAAUGUAUACUUUAAUACUGUAUAA